CCGCAUCGCAAAACUAUGCAGCCCCGAAAAACCCCAGACCACAACCCCAGGAUGUCCGUAAGAGCUACGUGAGAUAUCCCAACAACCUAUAUACAGCUCCUAUUGUUCUACACACUAGAAUAUAGAAGCAUUCCCCUGCAGAAAGCAGGUCGAUAGCUGCAUAAGUUGCCCGUAGCGGUUCAGGACCCCGAACCAUUUUUGGAACCUAAACCCCGAAAUACCGAAUUUGAGCACAAUGUACGGAGACCUGGGUAACAAACUGGUCCAACAUGCCAAGCGCAUGCAAUCCCUCUCCCACCUACCACCAUACCAGACAGAAAUGGUACGCUCGGUGGCGCGCGAGGUCCGCGAAUUGGAUAAAGAUGUAGCGCGUAUCUUGGAGCCCUUCGAAGGCACAUUCAACCCGUCCGAGAACCACGCGACCGCCUGCGCUCUGCUCGUGCAUCAUUUGUCGAUGCGACGGAAUAAAAGAUGCCUGCUUGCCUACCACCGCGCACGUGCGGAGAAACUGGAAGAGUUCUGCUGGCAGGGUCGUGAUGUGCUAGAUGAGCAGAUGCAGCAAGGUGGUACGGGUGCUCAGAGUAGUGGUGGCCAUGCAAAUUCCCUGAGUCCCGAGGAAAUGGAGUACUUUCGCCACUACAGUGAUAUGCUUGCGGCGUAUAAGGGACAAUGGAUUGAUAUUGACUUGACGGGUAGCCUGGAGCCGCCAAAGGAUCUGUUCAUUGACGUGCGCGUGCUUAAGGAUGCGGGUGAGAUUCAGACUGAGUAUGGUGCUAUUACGUUGACGAAAAACAGCCAGUUCUAUGUCCGGCUGGGCGACGUUGAACGGCUCAUUGCACAGGGAUAUCUUCAACGAUUGAGUUAACAUGUAGGACUGCAAGCUAUGCAUUCCCGAGGACGCAUUAUUUUACCUGUCCUUACUACCCUAGAGGUGGAUACAAGAACAUUCACAAACCUCGCUCGGAGACAAGGCUUACCCCUGGGCACUUAUCUGAUUUCCCCGGGAAGAUCUAACAUCCCAUUCGGUUCCUGUAGUUCGAUUCACGCGCAACUACCUUACGAAGUGGCAUUCCGGUGCUGCCGCCCUAGCUACUCCCGCGUCUGUUUAAGGCGGCAGAUUUAGAAAUGGCAUGGGAAGGCAUAUUUGCAGAUUCCUACCAAGCUCUACUACCGAAGCAUUCUGCCAAUUUUUGAAUCAUAUCAUUCUAUUAGGAAUAAACGUGAAAUAAGCAGCGAACCUUUUUGUCGACACAAGAACCAACAUUGCUUGCAGGGAAGGCUAUGUCAAAGCAUGCGGAAAGGAGGUUUAGUCGAUUGGGUUCAAUCGCAUUGAGCUGCGCAUGGUUCUAAUAACGUUAAAGUGAUUCAUCUAGUAUAGUAUACGAUUUGAUAUUAAUUUACCCCAAAUUGGCCAAAAACCUUAUUCCUUCUCUUCACUUCAAAAAUUGAUUUUGCUCCUGGUAGGUACACGACUCAAACAUUUUCGACGGAAAUCAGACUAGGCUCUAUGAAGUGAAGUAAAGGGUUAGUUCAUUCCAUACAUUAUACAUAUCUCCGCAACGCACGCAAUGGAAUCGCUUCCCUUCAGGACCCUUGCCUACAACAUCUUGCAUUUACCAGAUAUACCUCAUCCCCUUCAGUUCACAGAGCCAAGGUUCGCGAAAAUUUCCCGCUCAAGACUUAAGGGAACUAAACAGGCAACAACUUUCCUACACAGGGUUUCUCGCCACCAAAACGGAGAGUGAGGUUAGGUAAAAAAGAAAAGUAAACAAAAUGGGGAGCCUCAAUGCUGCACAGCUGCGCUCCGGUAUACAAAGCUCUGACCACAUGGGGGUUUUAAGCUUUUGUGGUUAGUUACAACAAUUUAAGCUUAAAAAGUUUAUUUAGCUAGGGCCUGCUGUCAGAGAUAGAUUCACGGAGUAUCGCCGUAUAACUUAAGUGUUUUAACAUUCUCCUCUGAAUCAAUGAUAA